AUGUCCAUCGGCCGCGGACUCAGGCCGUGGAAGCUCCAUUUUCCAAAGCAAUCGGCGCCGGAGCCAGCCGCUCACUACAGCUGCGCUCCGCCAGCACUUGGUGGCUGCCGAAGAAUGCGGCUGAGGCUGGUCAUCACCAAUUCCUGCAAGCCACUGAUCUCCGGAAAAUCUCCCAGCGGCCAUGUGGUCCCUCCGCCGGCGAAGCUGGGUGACAGGUGGACGGAGUAUCAGGGCAGCAAGAACUGGGAAGGCUUGCUUGAUCCACUCGACGACGAUCUCCGGACUGAGAUUCUACGCUACGGGGGGUUCGUCGAGGCGGCGUACAGAUCCUUCGAGUUUGACACGUCAUCACCGCGGUACGCCACAUGUCGGCACUCCAGGACCUCAAUGCUGUCUGAGUGCGGCCUCGGCGGCAGCGGCUACCGGCUCACGAGGAAUCUCCGCGCCGCUUGUGGCGUCCAGUUGCCACGAUGGAUCGAGAGGGCGCCCAGGUGGGUGUCCACCCCUUCCAGCUGGAUUGGCUACGUGGCAGUGUGUAAUGACAAGGACGAGAUCGCUCGGCUCGGACGCCGCGACGUCGUGAUCGCGUUCCGGGGCACUGCCACCUGCUUGGAGUGGAUCGAGAAUUUACGCGCCACGUUGACAUGUUUGGAUGAUCGUGCCCAUGAUGCUCGAGAUGAAGAUCCAAUGGUGGAGAGCGGAUUUUUGAGCUUGUACACAUCGCAGACUGCCACGUGUCCGAGUCUGCAAGCUGUAGUGAGGGACGAGAUCUCGAAAAUCAUUCAAUCCUACGGCGACGAGCCCCUAAGCAUCACGAUUGUGGGCCACAGUCUAGGAGCGGCUUUAGCUACGCUCACCGCAUACGAUAUAACCACCACAUUCCGUCACGCGCCGUUGGUGACGGUAAUCUCUUUCGGAGGUCCACGUGUCGGGAAUGGAAGAUUCCGGCGCCAAUUGGACAAGGCCGGGACAAAGAUCCUGCGCAUCGUGAACUCCGAUGACCUCAUCACGAAGGUGCCUGGUUUCGUUAUUGACCAGAAUGACGUAGCAGAUGGCAAGGCCGUUCAUUUGUCGGGAUUGUCGAGCUGGCUACAGAAGCGAGUGGAAGACACGCGAUGGGUGUACGCUGACGUGGGAAGAGAGCUUAGGCUCUGUAGCCGGAAGUCUCCGUACGUGUCCAAAGCGGAUGUUGCCGCGUGUCACGAUCUGAAGACGUAUCUUCACUUGAUCAACGGUUUUGUGAGCUCCACGUGUCCCUUCAAAGUCUCCUCAAGGAGGGUGCUAAGUGAAGGCUACAAGAGACAACUAUCCUUCAGAAUAUGA